CCGUCAUCAUCGUAACUUAAGUUCCGAUUUGAAAAUCAAAUGUCAAACGCGUUUAUUUUAAAUAAGUGUUUUUUAAAAUGUGUGCGGAAAAUAUCGCGAAAAAUAAACGUGGAACGAUUUGUUGUGUUGUUGGGUGCUUAUCAAGAAGAAAUCCGGGUUUAAGGUUUUACCGGUUUCCCAAAAAAACGUGGGAAUCCGAGCGCAAAAAAAAAUGGAUAAAUUCUGUGCGUCGAAUAACCGUCAAAGGCAAACCUUGACAACCGUCAAAAUGGACAAGAAUAUUUAGUCUUUAUUUUCAAGGAGGUAAAAAAUUGAAAGAUCCGCGGUCAGAAUCUUACAAUCCCACAAUUUUUACUACGAUCUACCGAAAAAA